AAUUGAAGUCUGUUUUGAAAAAUUUAUAAACUCAAAUUCGAUGAUAUAAUCGAUAUAAAUAUUACUCAUUCGAAUUUGAUCGAUCAUCCAACAAAAAAAAACAAACAUGCUUAGAAGUAAAGUUCCAUCAAUUGUUGCCAAACGAAAAUUAUUGGGCCAAACAGACAAUGAUGAAAACCAAUCGUUUAUAAAAUGUGUUGGUUCUAAUGAUGAUGAUGACGUAAGACAUAAUCCAAAACGUUCAUGUAAUACAAGUCGUACUGCAUUAAUAUCGAUAAGAAAUUCAUUUACAUUUCGUCCCAAUCUGAAACUUGUCGAUGAUAUCAUACGUGAACGUCAAUCACAUGAUGAUCAUAUACGAGAAAUUCUAAAUCGUCCAUUUCGAAUACCACUCAAGAAUUAUACAGGAUCAUAUCGAUCAUUAGGUAUUAAAUUAUCCGGUCCACGACGUCCAUUAUUCGAUCCAGGUGCACCGAAUGCAUUGAUAUUGUAUGAACCACCGCCCAUAAAUGCACAAGAGAAAUUAACGAAAAAAGAUUAUCAAGUUCAUGUGGUUGUCGAUCCCGUCUUAUGCAAUGUACUGCGGCCACAUCAACGUGAAGGCGUUAAAUUCAUGUGGGAUUGUGUGACUGGUGUACGAAUCAACGAUCAAUUCGGUUGUAUUAUGGCCGAUGAAAUGGGUCUUGGUAAAACGUUACAAUGUAUAACAUUAUGUUGGACACUUUUGCGGCAAGGACCCGAAGCUCGUGCUACGAUCGAUAAAGCGGUAAUUGUUGCUCCAAGUAGUUUGGUAAAAAAUUGGUACAAUGAAAUCAAUAAAUGGCUUGGAUGUCGUAUCAAUGCAUUGGCAAUUGAUGGUGGUUCUAAAGAGGAAAUCGAUCGAAAACUUGGAUCAUUCAUACAGACAAUUGGUCGUCGUUGUUGUCAACCAAUCCUAAUUAUUUCAUAUGAAACAUUUCGUCUACAUGCUGAUAUUCUACAUUCUGGUGAUAUUGGUCUUGUUAUUUGUGAUGAAGGUCAUCGGCUUAAAAAUCAAGAAAAUCAAACCUAUAUUGCAUUGAAUCAGAUUCGUGCUAAACGCCGUGUACUAUUGUCUGGAACACCAAUACAAAAUGAUCUUCUUGAAUAUUUUAGUCUCGUACAAUUUGUCUGUCCCGGUUUGCUGGGAACAUCUGCUGAAUUUCGUCGUCAUUAUGAAAAUCCAAUCCUAAAAGGACGUGAUGCCGAUGCAACCGAAAAUGAUCGUCUUCGUGGACAAGAACGAUUAAAUGAAUUGAUUCGUUUAGUCAAUAAGAUUAUGAUACGACGUACAUCGAAUAUUUUAUCCAAAUAUUUACCCGUCAAAAUUGAACAAAUUGUUUGUUGUCAACUAACUGAAUUACAACGGCAAAUAUAUAAAGAAUUUCUUAAUUCAAAAGAACUUGCCAAAGUUAUUCGUGAUGAUGUUAAACAUUCAACAGGUAGCCGUGGUGGUGGUGGAAAUGCAUCUUUAGUUGCUAUAACAUUCCUGAAGAAACUAUGUAAUAGUCCACAAUUAGCUUAUGAUAUGAUUAUGGAAAAUAAGGAAAAGAAACGUGAUGGAAAAAAUGCUGCCGAUCUUGAUUUUUUGUUAAAACAUUUUCCAAAUGAUUUCAAUUCAUUGAGGGGUCGUCAAAUAGAGCCAACAUUAUCGGGAAAAUUGAAAAUAUUGGAUACGUUAUUGGCCUAUAUUCGACAUGAAACCAACGAUAAAGUUGUACUCGUAUCAAACUAUACACAAACAUUGGAUUUGUUUGAAAAAUUAUGCCGUGCAAGAAAUUAUCGUUACGUACGUUUGGAUGGUACAAUGUCAAUAAAGAAACGUGGUAAAAUAGUGGAAACAUUCAAUGAUCCAAAUAGUAUGGAUUUUAUAUUCAUGUUGAGCAGUAAAGCCGGUGGUUGUGGCCUGAAUCUUAUUGGUGCAAAUCGUUUAGUUAUGUAUGAUCCGGAUUGGAAUCCUGCUAAUGAUGGCCAAGCGAUGGCCCGUGUAUGGCGUGAUGGUCAACUUAAACAAUGUUAUAUUUAUCGUCUACUAUCCACUGGUACGAUUGAGGAGAAAAUUUUUCAACGACAAACACAUAAACGUGCAUUGAGUACAUGUGUUAUUGAUAAUGCAGAAGAAGAAGAAGUUGAAAGACAUUUUUCACUUUCCGAAUUGAAAGAAUUAUUUCGAUUAGAAUUGAAUACAAAAAGUGAUACUCAUGAUAAAUUGAAUUGUAAAAUGUGUAAAAUUAUUGGACAACAACCACCGGCAGAUGCUAAUUGUACUGAUGACCUAACUGUUUGGUAUCAUUGUCCAGAUAAACGAAAUCUAGUGGAUCAAAUAUUGAAACGUGUAUGGGAUCAAGGUAUCACGUAUUGUAUGCAUCAAAAAUCUCAUAUACAAAAGGAUAUUCCUUAAUUAUAUUGUGGAAAACUUAUUUUCUGUGAUUUUUUCCUCUUAUAAUUUCUAAGUAUUUACAUUAUUAUCAUUUUCAUAGGAAAAUUUUUUUCUGUCAAUAAAAAUCAAAUUUUUCCAAUUAUGAAGAUCAAUCAAAUGAUGAGUGUUGUGUCCUUCUCCUCCUAUUAUUAUCAUUAGUGUGAUGUACAUUUUCCAUUGCCUGAUUGAUUGAUUGAUUGAUCAAUCGUUCUACUAAUGCCGAUGAUGAUACAUUUAUCGAUUCUAACCGUAAAUCAGUUUUUUUAAUUGCAAAUUUUUUUUCCAUGAAAACAAUGAUGAAAUCCUUUAUGAUUCUAAUAACCAUUUUGUCAUUGGCCGAAUAUUUUCCAUUCCAUCAUGCAGGUAAUAUUAAUCGAAUUAUUGAUAAUUCAUGGAUAGUCACAGAAAAUGUGGCCAAAGAUGAUUUGAUCAAGAAUGCUAAAGAACUACUGGGA